AUGAACGGCAAUGAAGCACACAAUGCCAGCCCUGCCGGCUCGAGCUCCGGUCUGGCGAAUCGCGCUACCUUUGCCACCUCGUCGACCGACUUUGCGCUCCCGUUUGGCGCCACUCGCGGGUCCUCCUCGUCAGCAAGUAAUCACGCACCUAGCUGGGCCCCAGGCUCCUCGUCAGGGCCCAUCUCGAUCCCCACGCGUCCGUUCCCGACCUCCAAUGCAGGCGCCUCAUCCUCGACCCAGCCUCCACUGCUCUCGCUGGGCCACCUGGCAUCUUCACCUUCACGAUUCGCCAGCUCGGCCACCGGGUUGGGGAUAGGCAUGCUUCCUUCGCCCUCGGCAAGGGACCAGUCCAACCCGCUGGCACAACCGCACCCCUCGAUACUGUAUGCACAGCCGGCCUCACCCACGCUUUCGCUGGCGGGAGAAGGAUGGCCUCCUCCGCCAGCUACCGCGCUCUCAUCUGCAUCGACCACAUCGCCCGGUGGCGCUUCCGCUUCGGCUGCGCUGCUGAGACGGUCGCAGGGCAUGAACUCGCCCGGCUUCGCAAUCGCCUCGCCCGCGCGGUUCCGUAGAGCCAGCAUGCUCGGAAGAGAGAUCACGCCAUUUCACCUCGAUCCCGACGACCGUUCCGAUGAAGAACGUCAGACGGAGAGCAGGGCGGGCCCCAGUCCGGACGAUGGAGACGACGAAAUGAUGCAGGUCGAGGACGAGGAUGUGACGGUAUCGCGCGCGCCAAGCACACCGGUCAUGGGCCCGCCGCUUUCGCUCGCCAAUACGCCCAGCACACCGCCGCCCGCACAUCCCGUCUUUCGCCACUCGACUGCGUCGUCGGCGCUGACGCGUGCUUCGGCUUCCGAUUCGGGCCACGACAGUUCGUCGUCCGCCAGUGGUGCUACUAGCGCGCUCGGCGCGCUCGGCGCAAGCACCUCGAGCAUGUCCCGCGCGGUGCCGCAUUCUCCAUCCGCGGGAGCUUCGAUGGGCUCUCCACUCGGCCACGGCAACCGAUCGCGGUCGUCGUCGCUGCUUUCGUCGAAUGUGGUGCGCAAGGCAGUCACACGGCGUGGCAACCUGCUGCCGCGCGACCGCUCCGUGCUGCGCGUCGCCGCAUCGCUGCAGGACGAAAGCAAGCCCGAAGACUCGGAGAUCGCUUCGGAAGCCAAGCUGCAGAAGCGGCUGGGUGGCGAAGCGACGCUGCCGCGCACGCCGCGGUUCGGACCCAGUGGCAGCGCAGCGUUUGGCGGGAGCGGCUCGCGCGUGCCCAAGUCGCCAUCCGACGCACCAGCAGCACCUGGGUUCGGUACAGGAUCGUCGCGGCGAAAGUACAUGUGGGAUGACGAUGUGGACGAUAUCCGCGGCGUCUUCUGCGCCGACGGGCUGGACGAUGACAGCUCCGAUCAGUCCGAGGACGAGGAAGAGAUGAUGAUGUACUACUCGCGCACCGCGUCGGUCUCGGACGACGACGAGGCUCCUGUGCCGGAUGCAACGCCGAUGCGCGACGCGGAUGCAGCAGGAGAUGCGGCGAUGGGCGAAGCGUCGGCUGAAGCCGGUGCUGGCGCUGGCGUAUCGACGAGUGUCGGAACGGCGGUCUCGAGUUCGCUACCCAAACGCAAGGGUAAUGCGCUGUGGAUGGGGUUCCGGGACAAGAGCAAUGUGCACAAGUGGUCGCCCAGCACGCCUGCCUCGGACCGCACGUGGCGGCGUGCGGAAGACACGUCGCCGCGCGUGCUCAACACGGGCACGCGCCUGUCCAAACGCAAGACCGAAGACCGCUACGAGCCGUACAAGCGUCGCGCUGUGUCGCCGAUGAAUCUGGGCACUUCGUACACUUCUGCGCAGGCCGGAGGUGGCGCUGGGUCGAAUUCGCCGCUCAUGAUGCCGAUCUCGUCGCCUUCGGGACUGGUGUAUCGCGGCAUCCACCAGGCGCAGUUGGCGUAUGCGCGCUACUCGACCUCGCCCACCAUCUCGCGCCCCUGCACGCCCGUUGGCGGCAACCAGACAGCAGGAGCAGCAGGAGCCGUGGCCAUGGGCGGCUUCAGCCCGGCCGCAUCGGGCUCGGGACCAGGCUACGGCUCGGGCGCGCUCGGGCUGAGCAUCUCGGCCAACAACGCCAAUCUAGACGCACGCGCGGGCGAGGAGCUCGACGCCGUCAUGGACCAGCGCGUCGGCAUGCUCGGCUUGUCCUAG